ACACUGCUGCUACGUCACUCCGGGGCCCGGGGAGUUUGGGCCUGGAUUGCAAAAGAGUGGUUUCCUUCGCCGGUGGUGUCUCGUUCUCCAUCGCUGACUUCAGAGACCCUUUAAGGAGUUGGCUGGAGGUCACCGCCCUUAUCAGAGGGGGACGCCUGGUCACAGAGGCUCAGGGAUCCACGCAGUGUCCUCUCCAGCCCUCCGCGGUGGCAGACACCCAGCGCUCCUGGAAUUGCAUUUCAGGCGACCUUGAACUCAAGAGUGACGCCUGGGUAUUUAAGUUCCUGCCUGCAGGAACUUUGUGGGAAUUUCAGUAUAUGGAAAUUCUGUGUUGCAGCUGAUGUGAAUCCAGAGGUCUCAGUAUAGUACUGGGACCAAACUACUGUGUCAGCCAGCUGAGGACUCCAGAAUCCCAUGGGUUUCUAAAUUACAUUUGCCCAGGAGCACCAUGGCCCAUGCUGUCUUUAUUCCUGGGUUGUCUCGGGGUACUGCUUUGUGGAGAUUGACAGCCAGCACUUUGCGUCACCUCACUCUAACCAGCAUAAUGAAAUCCAAAAGAAAAACUGAUCACUUGGAGAGAACUGCAAGUGCCCUCCGACGGGAGGUCGUGGCUUCGGCUAAGGUGUGUGAAAUUGCCCAUGAGUCUCCAACAGUGAAGAGCCUCCGCCUGCUUGUUGCUGAUAAAGCCUUCUCCUUUAAGGCUGGCCAAUGGGUUGAUUUCUUUAUCCCAGGAGUCUCAGUCGUUGGUGGGUUUUCAAUUUGCUCCAGUCCCCAACUGCUAGAACAAGAAAGAAUGAUAGAAUUGGCAGUGAAAUACACAAACCACCCUCCUGCUAUCUGGGUUCACAAUAAGUGCACACUUGACUCGGAAGUGGCCCUCAGAGUGGGAGGAGAGUUCUUCUUUGACCCUCAGCCCACAGAGGCCCCUCGAAACCUCGUGUUGAUUGCUGGAGGGGUCGGGAUUAACCCCCUGCUUUCCAUCCUGCGCCACUCAGCAGAUCUCCACCGAGACCAAGCAAACAAAGGAAGUAGCUAUGAGAUAGGAAAAAUAAAACUGUUCUACAGUGCAAAGAACACCAGCGAACUCCUGUUUAAGAAAAAUAUCCUCGAUUUAGUAAAUGAAUUUCCUGAGAAGAUUACUUGCAGUUUGCAUGUCACAAAACAGACAGCACAAAUCAGUGAAGAACUUAAGCCAUACAUCACAGAAGGAAGAAUAACAGAGAAGGAGAUAAGCAACCACGUGUCAGCAGGGACUCUGUUCUAUAUCUGUGGCCCACCUCCAAUGACGGACUUUUUCUCUAAGCAACUGGAAGACAGCCACGUUCCCAAGGAACACAUUUGCUUUGAGAAGUGGUGGUAGGGAGAAGGCACAGAAGACCUGAGAGCCACCCAGGAGAGUGAGACUCUGUUUCGGGUUUGUGGAUAGCCAUCUAAGCUAUCUUUUUUUUAAAGCUCUGAACUAAGUGUCCAGCCCAAGACUGAAAGAAAAACCAGUGACAGAUGAACACAAUAAAGUUCCUGAGGACGUCAUUGGUCAAGCCAUUGACUAUCUUGGUUUUUCUUUCAUUAAUACCUAUUUAAUUAUCUCAUGAUAGUCCAUUGUCAUGGAGUUUCCAACCCCUGAGAAAAGACCAUAGACUCAAUCCAACUAUGGUAAAGAGACUUACUAAUUAAUUGCUAGCAGGAUGUCGGUCUCUGAGACAAAUUUGAGAUUGCCAUGAAGAAGGGUAUGGGGAAGGAUUUGGGGUGUUUUUUGUUUGUUUGUUUUGUUUUAAGACAAAAACCACAUGAAGAACUUCAAUAUCUACACAAGCAAAUCUAGUCUGUUCUGCCAAGUGAUUAAGAUGACUCAAAACAAUCUUUGGGUAUCUGUGUAAAUAAGUUACAGAAGCUAUUAAAAGAAAAAGCAGUUACCAUAUCAUAACAAGUAGAGGGUCAUGGCUGUAAAUUUCUGGGGGUCACUGAGUCAGGGUUGUUUUCUGGGAACCCACCUUGUCUAGGGCAAGCAGUCAUUAGGCACUAAGAUGGAGGCCCAGCACAAAAUGGUUUCUCUGACUGGCCUAUACACCAUGAACUGAUUAAUACAGAUUUUUCUUUGCCAUUAGGGGAAAAAGUGGUUGACUUAAAUUAAUUAAAGGAAAAUGUUGGUUUUG